AUAUCAUAUAUGAGACAAGAUUGGGUAUAUAUAUAUAUAAUUAAUUAAUUGAUGGGGACGAAUUACAAUGUUUACAAAGUGCUGGGAUGCUUCAGCCGGAAGUUCAAGAUCACCGAUUCGCAGCCGCCGCCGGAUGUGAGGGAGGCGUUCUGGCGGUACGCGGAGGGGGCGCCCCAGAUGACCGCGGAUCAGCUCCUCAAGUUCCUGGUCGACAGCCAGCGGGAGGAAGGCUACACCGUCGCCGACGCGGAGGCGAUCAUACAAAACGUGUUCCGCCGCCGCAGCCACGUCAGCAGGCGCAACGGCCUCACCCUCGAGGACUUCUUUGACUUCCUCUUCCAAGAUGAUCUCAAUGCCCCAAUCCUUUCUCAUCAAGUGCAGCAUGAUAUGAGUGGUCCAUUGCAAGAUUAUUUCAUAUACACAGGGCACAAUUCCUACUUAACUGGAAAUCAGUUGAGCAGUGACUGUAGUGAAAUCCCUAUUAUUAAUGCUCUCAAAAACGGCGUCAGAGGAAUCGAGCUCGAUCUAUGGCCUAACCCCACUAAAGACAAUGUACACGUUCUUCACGGCAGGACACUCACAGCUCCGGUAACACUUAGCAAAUGCUUAAAGUCUAUUAGAGAGCACGCGUUUGUUAGUUCUCCGUACCCUGUCAUCGUUACUUUAGAAGAUCACCUUACUCCAGAUCUUCAGGCUAAAGUGGCUGCCAUGGUUAUGCAAAUCUUUGGAGACAUGCUGUACUGCCCCGACCCGGAAUGCUCGAAGGAAUUUCCUUCGCCGGAGGCUUUAAAACAUAAAAUUAUACUAUCAACAAAACCACCUAAAGAGUACCUCGGUUUGAAAAUUGUCGAGGAUGGAGAGAAUAUUCCCUCACUGCAAGAAAAAGAUUCUUCUGAAGAUGAACAGUUGCCGACAGAAACAUCAAAAUCUACGGUGGAGCCAGAAGUACAAGAAGCCAAGAAUGAUCGUGAAGGGGAUAAUGUAGAUAGUGAUGCGACCGUACGACAAAAAUCGGGAAAUGUGGGAGGACAUGAAUAUAAGCAACGGAUAGGCGUUCGUGCCGAGAAAGCGAAAAGAGGGUUGAGGCAAGUACUAAGAACUGGAAUUGAUAAAGUUAAUCGACUUAGUCAGAGUGAGCGUAAAGCUAUUUUAUCGAACAAAACACCUAAAGGUUACAAUAUUGCAUCUAACACUAACAACAAAGUUGAAGAUCAAACUCCCACUCCACACGAAAAAAUUAAUCUACUUAGUCAGAGUGAGCGUAAAGCUAUACUAUCGAACAAACCACAUAAAGAUUACAAUAUUGGAUCAAACACCAACAACAAGGUUGAAGAUCGAACUCCCACUCCACACGAAAAACAAGAUUCCUCUCAAGACGAAGAUGAUGAAUACAAGACACACACACACAUGCAGAGUAGUAGUAGUGACGAGGAUGAUGAAUAUGGUGACAACUUCGAGCAAAGAUCGGGCAGUUUAGGGGCAGCACCGGAAUAUAAGCGUAUAAUAGGAAUUCAUGCUGGGAAUGCUAAGAAAGGGUUGAUGCAAGCACUAACAAUCGAAGCUGAUAACGUCAGUCAUAGACUUAGUCUGAGUGAACAUAGGCUUGAAAAGGCUGCUUCUUUACAUGCAACAGAUGUUGUAAGGUUCACGCAGAAGAAUAUUCUGAGGGUGUUUCCUAAGGGAACGCGAGUGACAUCGUCGAACUUCAGGCCGACUACUGGAUGGAUGCAUGGAGCUCAGAUGGUUGCCUUUAAUAUGCAGGGAUAUGGGAAAUCACUGUGGAUGAUGCAUGGCUUGUUUAGAGCCAACGGAGGGUGCGGUUAUUUCAAGAAGCCUGAUUUGCUGACGAGAAGAGGUCCAAACGAUGAGGUGUUUGAUCCGAAAUCAACAUUGGCUGUGAAAAAGACGUUAAAGGUAACUGUUUACAUGGGAGAUGGAUGGGCUCUCGAUUUCAGCCAAACGCAUUUUGAUGCAUUUUCACCACCGGACUUCUACACAAAGGUACAUAUAGUUGGCGUACCAGCGGAUGCUGCAAAGAGGAAAACAAGAGUAAUAGAAGAUGAUUGGAUUCCGUAUUGGGAUGAAGAGUUUAGUUUCCCCCUAACAGUACCGGAGCUUGCUUUGUUGAGGAUCGAAGUAAGGGAACACGAUUUAUCCGAAAAGGAUGACUUUGGUGGGCAGACAUGUUUGCCCGUCUCCGAAUUGAGGCCUGGGAUUCGAUCUGUUCCGCUUUACGACAAAAAAGGUCACAAAUAUAAAUCUGUGAAGCUACUCAUGAAGUUUCAUUUUGAAUGAAAGAAGAUAAAACAUGGAAAUAAUAUUUUUGUUAAUCAUUGGUCAUCUCGAUCACGUGCUUUGAGCAAGUAUAGCACAUUUUUUUGUGUGUGUGUGUGUGUAUUCACAUGAUUUCUUUGUAUACUCAACUUGUUUGCACAGUAACUUUUGUGAGGAACAAUAAUUCAAAAAUAAGUUUGGAAAUUGAUGAGUAAAAUUCUUGUUU